CAGUCUAAGGGAUGGGGGGUUAGCGCCUGCACCGUCCAACUACCUGUGUGGCCCCCGCAUGGAGGACAGUGGACAGGGAUGCGUUUGAUGCAGGACAUCUUAUCCGAGACGUGAAUGCCUCCUCAGCAUUUUUAUCGGACAUGCCGACGUUACGACAUUUUACUGACAACAUAAAAAGAGGCAUUGCAUGUGCCAACUUUUUUCUGUGAAUAUGCCUUUGUGAGAAACUCUCUGGCUCGUCACCCUCGCCGGGAUUCCCCGCAAUAUUUUCAACAAGAGAGGAGAAAAAAAAUCUGCAAAUAUGGACAAAGAAAGUAUUGGUACUCAAUAUGAGCCUGUGGCCGAGAUUGGAGAAGGCGCUUAUGGGAAAGUGUACAAGGCAAGAGAUUUGAAGAACGGGGGACGCUUUGUAGCCCUUAAAAGAGUUCGAGUCCAGACGGAGGAAGAAGGGAUGCCUCUCUCCACCAUCCGGGAGGUGGCAGUACUGAGGCAGCUUGAAGCCUUUGAGCACCCCAAUGUUGUCAGGUUGUUUGAUGUGUGCACGGUCUCUCGAACUGACAGAGAAACCAAACUCACUUUGGUCUUUGAGCACGUGGAUCAGGACCUGACCACCUACCUGGAGAAGGCCCCUGACCCCGGAGUACCACCCGAGACCAUCAAGGAUAUGAUGUACCAGCUGCUCCAGGGGCUGGACUUCCUGCAUUCACACCGCGUGGUCCACCGUGACCUGAAGCCCCAGAACAUCCUGGUCACCAGCGGAGGACAGAUCAAACUGGCCGACUUUGGCCUAGCCCGCAUCUACAGCUUCCAGAUGGCGCUCACCUCCGUGGUGGUGACACUGUGGUACAGAGCCCCAGAAGUGCUGCUUCAGUCCAGUUACGCUACACCAGUGGACCUGUGGAGUGUCGGCUGCAUCUUCGCUGAGAUGUUCAGGAGAAGACCACUAUUUCGAGGAAACUCAGAUGUUGAUCAGCUGGGAAAGAUUUUUGAUGUCGUUGGGGUGCCUUCAGCAGAGGACUGGCCCCAGGAGGUGGCCCUACCACAGAGUGCCUUCACCCCGCGGCCCCCUAAGCCAAUAGAAGACUUGGUUCCGGACAUGGACGAGCAAGGACGGGCCCUCUUAAUGCAAUUCCUCGCCUUCAACCCCUCCAGGAGGAUAUCGGCCUUCGCUGCGCUGAGUCACCCCUAUUUUCAAAGUGUGGACAGCCACAGUAGAAGUGUGUAUGCAGCCCAGCCCAUCCCCAGCAACAAGCCCACUAUGGAGGAGAGGACUGCUUGACAGUCCUCCUUCACCCCUAAUAAUCCCUUACAGUGUCUAUAAAAAGCAUUCAGCUCAUUGCUUCACAGUCUGCUUCAUGUUUUAUUGUUUUUACAGCGGUAAAUCAAUGUGUGUUAAUUAACAUUUUUUGACACUGAUCAACAGAUAAAUCUUAAAUGUCAAAAUGAAAACUAAUCUGUAGAAAUUGAUUAAAUUUAAGUACAAAUAUAGAACACAAAAUAAUGAUUUCAAAAGCUUUCACCCUCUCAUGUCGGUAUUUAGUAGAGGUGCCUUUGGCAACACUUACAGCAAGUGUAGGUGGUUUGAUUUGUUUCGGUGCUACACAUUUGAAUAGAGCCAUUUUUAUUGUUUGUAAAAGGGCUUUAGAUUUGUCAAGGUGCAUGGCGAGCGUGACUGAACAGCAGCUUUAAGUUCUGCCUGAAAUUCUUGUACCAUAUUGUUGUUGUAAAGGACUGACUUUACUAUGCUCCCUACUCGCUUCCUUCCCGGUUUACUGGUAUCCUUCCACUGAUUUGUCCUUUUUGAUAACCCUGUUAUAGAUUGGUUUGGUGUUUCUGUUUUCAUAGUGUAGUUGAUGUCGACUGCUGGGCCCCGCAGGAGCUGCAUUCAACUAAAAAUCACAUCUUGAUUACACACAGGGGAUCACCAUCACUGCCUAUUAUUCAACUUCUGGCUGCACUAGUGAUAAAUUAUGUUGUAGUUAAGAGGGGGGAAAUCCAUUCGUAGAGACCUGUUUUCUGUUUGACAUUAAGGAGACUUUUUUUCUGAUAAUCAGUGUCAAAAAAGCUUAAUCAACUGUGAUUCCAUGUUGUAUAUAAACUCAAAAGCAAAACAUGAAAAAGACCAAGGGUGCAAAUACUUUUUAUAGUCAAUGUACAACGCUCUGGGAAAGUACUCAGAAAAAAGAGGGUAACGAUAGUGUCACGAAAGAUGACACCAACGCUCUCACCCCCUGAACAAUGCACAAAGCUAUCCUCCUUCCAUGAAAUGAUGGAUUGUAAUUGCUGCUUUUAGGUUGUUAAAUGUUGAUGAUCGACUGUGUUAACAAUGCAAAGAGACUUGCAUCUCAGACUGACUGGUAGUGGUGGAUGGGAGGCCUGUAGUGGCCAUGAAGCAGAGGCCCUCUUUAUGACCAGUGUUCAGCUUUGCAAGAGUCCUCUUCACCUGGGGGACCAGACCAUACAGGAGCCUGUGUGGACAGCGUGGAUCUCACCUGCGUUUAUGCUUAAUUGUGGGUGUGUGCUGCGAGCAGACAUGUACACAACAUUUGGUGUGUGCACGACCACUGACAUAAGCACACUCAUGUACACACCUACCUAUUGAAACAUUAUUGGGCAUCACAAGCCAACCACUCACUGCCAUGUCGUGACUUAUCAUUCCAAUUAUGUAUGUAUUAUAUCACUGCCACCUUGAGGAUGUCCUGAGUAACUGCAGACCAGUAGCGGGAUUCUAAUGGUUUCUGCGCUCUUCAAGGGACUCAUCAUAAUGGGCUGAUAUCGGUGCUGAGACAAUGAUGAAAGAACCUUAUAGAAAAGUUCCUGCCACUCAUUUGGUCUGAGUUGCUUUUAGUCUGCCAUCAUGGGCUUUUAUCAUUAUGAAAUACAAUUAUUAUUUACUAUUCGAAUGAUACAGCAAUGCACAGGCUUGCAAUAGGUGGAGAAAGUCCCACCAGCACUACUCAACAUGAAAACAUUUGGCAUAGUAUUGCCGCCAAUAUUCUGUAUUUAAUUUUAAUUUUAUUGACAAGUCUUAUAUGCUUGUUUUCAUCAAGUUGUUUCUUGAUAUUUUUUUAAAGAUGCUGGGGCAUAUAAUAUUCUUACACCAAUUACACCAACUCUAGAUGAUAAUAGAAUUUGUGUAAGAAUAGUUUGACAGUGUAAGGAAUGUAUAAAGGAUAGGCAUUGGUACUGUACAGUAUGUAGUGCUAAGUACAAGCUGUAAUGAUAGAAAACUUUUGAUACGUGCAUCGUCAGCCCAUAGAUAUGUCGUAAAAAUGGAUAGACGUAGAGUAGCGAGGGUCAGUGGAAUGUUGUAUGGCAAGAAUAUUUUUGUCUAUUGAAAAUGUUGGGUGGCUUCUGUGGGUGCUUGUUGAAUUUCAUCUACUUUGGAUUGAGAGUGACUACGAACUUUACAGGAUUUUUAUCAUGAAAAUAAUGCACAAAUAUUUUGUGUACAGUUUUUGCUUUAUUUUACAGUUCAGUUUUUACAAGCAAGGAAAAAAAAGCAAGUUAUGCAGAGUUGUAUUUUUGUAUGUAGUAGUUCUUGCAGAACAGUAACAUUUUAACACUGGUUUACGUUUUCUUAACAGGUAGUGCUGCUAGCACACACACAGACACACUCUCUAACUUUCUCAGGUUCUUGUUAUGGGCGUCCGAAUCUUUUGGGCACAGUUUGCACAUCCUUGGGCUACUAACUGACCACAUCACAUCUCCUUCAGGUUUUUCUUUCAAGCUGUUCCACGAUCAUGCCAUUGAUCAUAGUCUACUGUCAUUCCUGUUUAUCACCUAUAUGUUACUGUAGUCAUUACUGUCUGAAGAUAACUGCCUGUAUGAACUGUUUUUGCCAGCAACCUUUAAUUGUUAGAUGGCGAACACGAUUUAGAUCCAUGUAUUGUCUGCUUGAACUAAGCACUGUGUGAAUUUUCUAUUUGAUAAAGACUCAUCUGGUGUCAGUGGUGCAUACAAUGCAAUGAAAGCUCCAAAUACUUUAGGCAUAGAGGUUUACAAUUAAAAUAAUGACUGCUUUAGUCUAAUUACACUUGAUACAAUCACUGUAAGCUUUUCUUAUGAAUUAAUCAGUUUCUAAUACGUUUCAUCUAAUACGUCUUGUAUCAUAAAACUGAAGUCCACUGUUGAGCUUUGAGAGCUUUCACUGUUGAAACCAACGCAGCUUGAUCCAUCAUAUAAACUUAGAUUACACAUAUGUUCCUGUGUCACAUUUGUUUUUAACAUAUUAAAUGGAGACGAGGAACACCACAAUCAUGGCGUUAUACUUAUGUAUGAAUGCAGGCAUUGGUGUCUUAUUAUUGUGUUGCACCAGCUGAAUAAAA